AUGUUCCUCGUAAUAUUAACUGGAAUCAUACUUUUUACAAUAACUACAUGGACAAUUGUUGGAAAUACACUUGUUAUUAUUGCAUUUAUUAUUGAUAAAAAAAUUCGUCAGGGUGGAAUGUCAAAUUAUUUAAUUAUUAAUUUAGCUAUUAGUGAUCUUUUAUUGGGUAUUGCUGUUUUACCAUUUUCAGCAUCAUAUUCAACAUUUCGUCUAUGGUAUUUUGGAAAAUUUCUUUGUGAAACGUGGUUAGUUAUAGAUGUUUUAUGUUCAACAGCAUCUAUUUGGAAUCUCUUAAUGAUUGCAUUUGAUCGAUAUAUAGCAACAAAUUAUCCAAUAUAUUAUCGUCAUCAUCGUCAUUCUAUUCCACGUGCAUUAAGCAAUAUAUGUAUUGCAUGGUUUGUUUCAUUAGCUAUAUGUCUAUUACCGACAUUAAUAUCGGAAAAGAAACCUGAAAUUUAUUCUCAUGCCGAAAAUAGAACAAUUCCAAUGCCAACAAAAUAUAAUGCAUUAACUCGUCAAUGUGAAUUAUAUAAAGAUGAAAAUUUUGUUAUAAUAAGUUCAUUACUUUCAUUUUAUAUUCCAUUAAUUGUUAUGAUAUUUUUAUAUGCAAAAGUUUUAUAUGCCAUAAAAAAACAAUCGUUAAUUCGUCUUAAACCAAGUAGUACACAAAGAUCAAAUAAUGAUAAAACUUAUCGCUAUUUCUCUACUCAACAAUCAGAAAUAACUGUAACUGAUGAUGAAUUAUCAUCCGCAGAUCAACAACAAGUAGGUCGUCGAGAAAUAUCAGCUGAAGCUCGUAUAACCCGUUCAUUAGCUAUUGUCAUUGGUUGUUUCAUAUGCUGUUGGUUACCAUUUUUUACUUUAUAUAUUAUUCGAGCUGUUUGUAAUUGUUUAAGUUUUAAUGCAAUUGAAUUAUUUUUUUGGUUAGGUUAUUCAAAUUCAUCACUUAAUCCUGUGUUAUAUGCUAUAUUAAAUAAAAACUUUCGUGUAGCAUUUAAAAAUAUAAUUUCUUGUAAAAAUAUUUGUUUUUCUUAA